AGCAGCCAGCAGCCACAGACUGGCUACAUGGAGUCCACAGUACUCAGUGCCUGCCUCCUGCUGCUGCUGCUGGGCUGGGGGGAUGGAGCUGUGCUCCCCCCAGAUGUGUUGGACACAGCCCCAGAGCCCAGCAUGGUUGAACUGAUCCAACUGUUCCAGGAUUUCAUGAGUCGCUUCAACAAGACCUACAGCAACCCUGAAGAGCAGCACCGGCGGUUGCUGAUCUUCAGGCAGAACCUGGCCACUGCCAGGGCCCUGGAGGAAGCCGGGCAGGGCUUGGCCCGGUUCGGCAUGACUCGCUUCAGCGACCUGACUGAGGAGGAGUUCCGGGCACAGCUGCUGAGCCCCAUGCCUGGCCAUACCCUACGCCCCCCUGCACAGUCCCCCAGCAAGCCAGCACCCCCCAGCUGUGACUGGAGGAAGGCAGGGGCCGUCACACCUGCCAAAAACCAGGGCCUGUGUGGUUCCUGUUGGGCCUUUGCCGCAGUCGCCAACAUCGAGUCGCUCUGGUUCAUCCGGCACCAGGAGCUCUACAACCUCUCUGUGCAGCAGGUGCUGGACUGCAGCCGGCUGCAGGUGGCCUGUGGAGGCGCCUUCCCCUGGGAUGCAUUCACUGUUGCCUGGAUGUACGGUCUGACACAAGAGGAGCAGUACCCAUACAUGGGCUGCCAGAACCUGUGCGAGUCCAGGCACCAAGCUGUUGCCUGUAUCGAGACCUUCCAGUUCCUCUCAUCUGAUGAAAAGAAGCUGGCUGCCCACAUUGCUGCCAGGGGCCCUGUCACCGUGUGCAUCAAUGCCGACUUGCUGCAGUUUUAUGUAGAGGGCAUCAUCACAAAGAACAUGGCUUGCCAUUGCAACCCAGAAGAAACAAACCAUGCCGUGCUACUGGUGGGCUACGGCCUAGAGAAGAAGACCCCGUACUGGAUUGUGAAGAACUCGUGGGGGCCUGAGUGGGGGGAGGAGGGCUUUUUCCGCAUCUACCGUGGAGGCAAUGCCUGUGGCAUUGCCUCAUUGCCUGUCACAGCCAUGGUACCUGAGGGUGACUUUGAUGCUGCCAUAGAGUCCUGCCCACCCUGACAGGACAGAUGGAUGGAUGGAUAGGCUGCAUCUCUUCCCUACCAUGAUCAACAAGCAAGGAAGAUGAACAGUAGCAUAUGGGAGACUUGCAGGGGUUGUGGGGAGGGGUGGGGGGUGGAAAGGGUGUAGGCUUUAGGCUGCUUAGUAGUGGAGUAUUAGACUCAGGUCCUGUUUGCUUGCUGUUCUCUAGCUAGAGGUAAGAUAGGAAGAAGGGGCAACCAGUGAUGGAACUGCUUAGGGGAGGAGGUCCUCGAAUAUAGGACACAACUGGCUCAGCCAGGAGGACUCUGUGGCUUGGUACAGGUGCAUCUGGUCUGGCAAUAGAGACAGCUUUCUACUGUCACUGAAAUAGGUCUAUUGCCUGGCCUGGUCCAGAAAAGACCUGGAAAGGUCCAUGUGACUGCCCCAUUAGAAGCAGCAGUAUUAUCUUAAUGCGGAAAGAGCCCAUGCACAGUUAAUACGGUUACUAGCUUUGUCAGAUGUCUCUCUUUACUGAGCUUGUCCUGGUUGGUUCUGAGUGGGGGAUACAAGGCACAGAUUUGCCUUGGAAAUACCCUCUUUGGCAAGAAGCCCUAGCCUUUGCUUUUAUUGCCCAUUUGCAGUGAGCGGAGAAGGGGGCUGCUUGGAAACCUUGUUUCUGGAACUGAGGGACAAAUUUCUUGGCCUUGACAGGCUGCCACCUUUUAAAGGCUCAGUAACUUUAGGCCUAAUUUCUGCCUUGUUUUGUAAGAGUGAUUCUUUCUCAUCCACCACUUCAUCUGCCUGAUCCCUCUGGUCUUCCCCAGGCGCUCCUGUUUGUACCCAGUACUAGCAUUGCUAUUAAAAUGGCUUGGGAUUGAA